CAAUUAACAAAUUAAAGCAGACAUAUUACGUCAGGAAUCGCCUACCGCAGAAUAGUAUUACUACAUACUACUACUUCACCUUUAAUCAUAAGGAAUCCGAUCCAUAACCCUUAAUUUAAGCACUUCUUCCAUCCAUCGCCACACUUUGCUUCUCUUCCAUUCCUUCAAUUCUAUCUCUUGCCUUAUCAUCAUCAUCAUUCACUGCACUAAAGUGCCCUCUCUCUCUCUCUCUCUGGUACCUGAUCCAUCAAACAAACAAUCAUGGCUACCUCCUUUCCUUCAGCAGAACUCAGCAACAAGAAUAGCCAAGAGGGGAAAGUAAAAGAGACUGCAAAAGCACAUGAUGAAAAUGUUCUGCAAAAGCAUGUUGCAUUCUUUGAUAGGAACCAUGACGGAAUCAUUUACCCAUGGGAGACUUACCAAGGAUUUCGUGCAAUCGGUUGUGGGAUUUUAUUGUCUGCUUUUAGCGCUAUUUUUAUCAAUCUUGGCCUUAGUCGAAAAACUCGCUCGGGCAAGGCUCUUUCUAUUUGGCUACCAAUAGAAGUUAAAAAUAUCCAAAAAGCAAAACAUGGUAGUGACUCUGGUGUUUAUGAUUCGGAAGGAAGGUUUGUUCCUUCAAAAUUCGAAGAAAUUUUCACAAAGCAUGCUCGGAAGCACCCAAAUGCUUUAACAUCUGAUGAACUGAUGGGGAUGCUAAAGGCAAACAGAGUUCCUAAGGAUCAUAAAGGAUGGCUUGCUAGUUACACAGAAUGGAAAAUUCUGUACGUUCUUUGCAAAGAUGAAGAUGGUUUACUGCAUAAAGAAAUUGUUCGAGCUGUUUAUGAUGGGAGUUUGUUUGAAAGAAUGGAAAAGGAAUACUCAGAAAAGAAAAAGAGCGAAUAAAAUAUAUAUAGAUAGACAUAGUUGACCCUUGCUUGUUUGAUUCCUUGUGAAUUUUAAGAGUGCUUUAAUUUCGUAUGAAUUUUAUUUUAUUUCCUUUGGAUGGAUGAAAUCUGUAUUUUUUAUUCGUAGAUUCGAGUGUGAUUUUAUAUAUUACUAUCAAGCUGAUA